CCUACUCUCUCUCUACUCGACUCUCUCUUGUUUGGCGCCACAAACACUUCCACAGGAUUGCGGAUUUGCUAGACCAUGGAGAUUAAGGAAAUCAAUAAUGCUUCAACUCAGGUUGUGGCAUUAGAAAUUCAAGGUAAGGAAGAAGGUAUUCUCUAUGACAAAGACUUGGAACCAAUGCCACCAAUGCCACAAAGUAAGGAAGGCUCAGUAGACAUUGAUUUGGUAGGCAAUAGAGUUGCAGAGAGCGAGAAAGAGACUUCUUUUUCUGGAAAUAGUGGUGUUUCACAGAGUGCUGCAGGCAGAGGCGAGGAUUCAUCAGAUGAGAAUGCUGACACUAAUCAAGAUUUUUCUGUGCUUCAAAAGCAAAUGUUUAACCAGAUUGAUCAAGAGACAGCAGUUCAGAACAAUUCUAGAGUCCUUUAUAGUGGCACAAAUACAGAUUUAAAUUUGUUGAAUAUUGGGGUACACAUGCCUGAAACCCAUCUGCAUUUGGGAAUGGACCUGAAUGUAUCCAGUGUUCAUGCCAUACGCACAGAGGAAGAUCACGACCGGAGAAGAAGAGAAAAGAGAAAGCAAUCCAAUAGGGAGUCAGCUAAGAGGUCAAGGUUCCGUAGGCAGCAAGAAUGUGAGAAACUUCGAGAAACUGCAGAGAUGCUGAAUAGCGAAAUUUCAGAGCUCCCAAAUGAGUUAAGAAGGCUUUCUGAGGAGUGUGGGAAACUUGAUGAAAAAACAGUUCCCUAAUUGAUGAGAUGGAGAAGAUGUAUGGUCCAGAUGCAGUUGCUGAUCUCAGAGCUGUGAAAGUUAACUCUUCAGAUGAUGGAAGCAACAGCAUCGAAUCAAAACCUCCAAGAAGAGACUACUCAACUUCUCCUACUCCUUCUCAUCGAAACGAGAUUUUACCUACUCCUUCUCAUCGAAUAGAGGCUUCUCCUACUCCUCUUGAGCCUCGGUUAUUUGGUGUCACCCUACGACCUAACUCUGCUGAUUGUUUACGUAAUUGAUUGUCCAGUACCAAGGCAUUUCAUAACUUGAUAAUAGACAAACUCUUAUUGCCAUAAUUUUCAAGUAAUAGUUCCAAGGCAUUUCAUAACUUGAUAAGACACACACUUAUU